AUGGGUUUGGUCGUUCUCGUGCGCGUUUUCGCAGACUUGAAUUCCGAGAAGCUCGGCGCAGAGGCAUUGGGCCCUGCACAGGUCUUCGAUCCUCCUUCAGAGGAUGGCUCCGAUCUGCCGCCGCUCACCAAAACCACCGAGCGCAAGCUGAUGGCCAAGAUUGAUUGGCACAUCUUGCCAUGCUUGUGUGUUCUGUAUUUGCUUGCCUUUUUGGACCGUGUUAACAUCAGUAAUGCCGCCAUUCUUGGACUCAAGUCUGAGUUGGGCCUGACGACCGGAACGAAAUAUAACACCGCGUUGACGAUUUUCUUCGUCCCGUACAUUCUGCUCGAAAUUCCUUCUAACAUUCUGCUCAAGAAGUUGAAGCCCCAUGUCUGGUUGUCGCUUUGUAUGUUUGGAUUUGGUCUCGUGAUGAUCUGCCAGGGUCUGAUCUCGAGCUGGGGAGGAUUGAUGACCACCCGAUUCUUCUUGGGAGUUUUCGAGACGGGCAUGUUCCCAGGCUGCUUCUACCUGAUGGGCAUGUGGUAUAAGCGAAGUGAAGCACAGAAGCGUUUCAGUUUCUUCUUCAGCUCCACCACCCUGGCCGGUGCUUUCGGUGGUCUUUUGGCAUACGGACUGGGACAAAUGGACGGUGUUCGUGGCUACAUGGGUUGGCGCUGGGUCUUCAUUAUCGAAGGUCUGAUCACCUGCGUGUUUGCGAUCGUCUGGUUCUUCGUGUUGCCCGACUUCCCCGAGGAUGUCAAGUGGCUGACCGAGGAAGAACGCGAGUAUGUGAAGGCGAAGUUGGCCAAGGAUGUCGGCAACUCGGCUCACCACGUCAAGAUGGGCUGGCGUGAUAUCUUUGCGGUUCUCAAGGAUUACAAGGUUAUCAUUGGAGGCUUCAUGUACUUUGGUCUCAUCGUCCCCGCAUACGGCUAUGCUUACUUUGCGCCCUCGAUCAUCCAGAGCUACGGGUAUUCCUCGGUAAAAACCCAACUGUACUCUAUCCCCCCUUGGGCAGCGGCAUUCGGAUUCUCCUUGAUCAUUGCCUAUUUCUCUGAUCGCCUGAAGUUCCGCUUUGCAUUCACCAUUAUCCCAAUCUGUUGCGCAAUUGCCGGCUUUGCCAUGCUGUUCAGCAUCCACGGCAAGGAGCACCGCGCAGCCGAGUACGGCGCCCUAUUCUUGGUCACUUGCGGCGCUUACAGUGCCAUGCCCGUCAUUGUCUGUUGGUUUGCGAUGAACCUGGGUGGUCACACCCGCCGCAGUGUGGGCUCGGCCUGGCAGAUUGGCUUCGGAAAUAUUGGUGGUAUCAUUGCUACUUACUCCUUCCUGAGCAAGGAUGCGCCAUACUACAAGCCCGGAUACAGCAUUUGCAUUUCCUUCUGCUGCCUGUCUAUCUUGGCCUGCAUUGCUUAUGCUCUUGCUCUGAUGCACGAGAACCGAAAGCGUCAGAAUGCGCCUGUCGAGGCACAGUCUUCUUCUGGGGAAGAGGAGUUCCUCGGAGACUUGGCUCCGAGCUACCGGUACCAGCUCUAG